AUGGCAGCGAAUCUUUCAGUGUCGGACCAGAUCCGCCAGCUUGAUGAUGCACGAAAGUUGGUUUUGGGAGAUGUUAAAUAUUACCCCAGUGUUGUCAAGGGAAUACUACCUAUCAUCGGACCAAGUGCAGCGCUCGAGCUGCGAAGAUGGGGCGCCGAAUUUCUAGCUGAAGCUUUUUCGACGCCCGCUCUACCAAAUGGAGAAAAGGAGACAAUGCAACCUUAUGUUUUACCAACACUGGAGUCUAUGCUCGAGAAUGAGCGUGAAGAUCCUCAAGUUCUGCGCAGUGUGAUCCAAUGCGUUGCCAGUAUCUAUCCCUUGGCGAUGAGAUGGAUCAUCAACAACGGAUACGACACAAUCACUUGGGAAAGGAUGGUAGCUGUGAAACAAAAGGUUCUAAAGAUAUGGGACAAUGCUAGCCCUACCGUGAGGAUCUGUUGCAUCAAGUUUGCGCAACGUGUAGUUCUGGCACAGACAGCAGCGACGGGUUCUGAGCUACGAUAUGGUGGUACUCUAGAUGUCUCGCUAGAUAAAGUCCCCCCAAAUCAUCAGUCACUUGAUCCUCGGAACUUGGAGGCUGAAGCGUCCGGACUCCUGGACCGAAUGUUGGCAACUCUGCAGGAGAGCAGCGAUGCUCUGCUCGUAGACUCAACGUUGAACUGCAUGUCUAUCCUCGUGAGGACACGACCAGGAACCUCGAACAGGAUCAUCAAUGCUCUUCUCAACUUCAAUCCCCUCAAGCUCGCCAACUCUCCUCUAACCCCCAAGACCCGCGUCAUGAUUAGAUCUAUGGAGAAAACAACUCGAAUGUUGCUGAUCCAUCUUGUGAAGCGAGAUCCCAACAAUCCAAUGACCCAUAGGAUACAGCAGCACGUAGAACGCAUGAUGGAGGUUAUGGCGGAAUUCUUUGACGAUUCUGGACGGAAACGCCCCCUCGAGUCAGCGCCACAAGACGCCAAUGACGCCAAACGACAGCGAUUAUCCCCAGCGCAAAUUCAAAUACCACCGUUGGGCCCUGGCCCCCACAGCCUAGCAGACGUUUUCACUCUCAUCGACAAUACUGCUCUAAAGAAUUUCGAUAUCUCGCAAGUUCCCGCUCCUUUGGUCGCCAGGAUCGCUGUCACCACGCUGUCAAGGCUUGACCCUCAAGUAUUAUCUAAAGCGGUCGAUGGUAUUCGCGGCCGUCUCGACGCCCUAGCCAAUACUCCGGCUCCUGAGUUAAAUCCCAACACCGCCCCGUUGGGCGUAGACGAAGACGAUGAUGACUAUGAGCCUGAUUUCUACCAGGCAGAGGACACAGAACAGAUCCUUAACAAGCUAGAUAGUUCACCCAUGCAUGAUGCACCGGUAUUGGACGAUGGCCUUACACUGAAAUCAUUCCACCUUCAUCAGCCUAGUGCUCUAACACCAGAAACGGCACUAACAGCAGGCAACGGAACAGUCACCCGGGUAAUUGAGAUGAUGAAGUCACUAGAAGACCCGGCCAAGAAGAGCAAGGCUGGCUUCAGCAGAUUAGCAGCUAGUUCUGGUAAUCGGGAUUCUUGGAUGACAAUACUGGCACGACUAGCAACACGCUCUGUGGCCGGUCUCGAGGAAACCUCUAUCAAAGAGGAGGGUGGCUCAUCAGCACCCCAGUCUCUCAGCAACAAUAUUCGCGACGUUUUAUAUUCCUAUGUGAUGGAGGACUUCCGGAAGCAUAUUGAUGUAGCGGUCUCAUGGCUCUGUGAAGAGUGGUACAACGACAAACUACAACAGAAAAAGGGCGGCGAUCGACCAUUGCACUACGAAAAGUGUUGCUUGCGUUUGAUUGAUGGAUUUUUGCCAUAUCUGCACCCUCAGGACAAAGUAUUGACGCGAUUCUUGAGUGAAAUACCCGAGCUAAACAAGAACCUCCUGUCGCGCGUGAAGCACAUGUGUCGCGACCCCAGCGUUGUUCAGCUAGCUUUGACAAGCCUGCUAUACUUGGUCAUGAUGCGGCCACCUGUCAAAGAGAUCGCACUGGAUACGGUGCAAGAUAUCUGGACCGAAUUUGAAGAAUCAAGACCUAUGGCAGGCAAGUAUUUGACCAAAUAUCGGCCAACUUUCAUGGAGUCUGCACGAAAUGCUGGUGAUCCUGGACAGUCUGCAUCGCCUGCUAUCACCGCUUGA